GGCCAAAGCAGAGGCACCAAAAUCGACGGCCAGAAAGUUUUUUUCUCCCAAACGAUUGACACGAAUCACACAUACACAGCAUACACGCCAAAAGAAAAGUGCGGAGAGAAGGUGAAACACAAAUUGGGAAAAUCGAAAGAGGAAAAUUGUAUCGCAUGCAGAAGAAUUCUGAAGAAUAAAUUUUGAUUGCAAUUGCUUUUGCAGGCAAACAAGUAAUUCUAAACGAAAAAAUUACGUGAAUUUUGUGUGAAGAGCUUUUCGGCGAAAAGAAAAAACCAAUUGUGCCGCUGUGCAAAAGCCGAAACCAGUUGGUUGGCAAAGAUAAAAAAAUAGCAUAAAAGUAAACCAAAAGGCAAAUUGAAGAAAGGGAGAGAACUGCUAUUGAGAAAACGGAAUUUUAGACAUACUGUAAUAAUAGCUAUCGAUCAGUGAGCACCAAUACGAGAACGUUUUACAGCUCCAACCUCAAAGACGCAAACUCCAAUUUCAGUUCCCCAACUUCGGCUAAGACAGCACCACCAAAGCGCACAGCAAAUUAAAAACCGGCAGCAUCAUGACUAUGGCUGGGCAGACCAUCAACGAUCGGCUAUUGGCGGCGCGGCAUAGCUUGGCCGGUCAAGGCCUGGCUAAGUCGGUGUGCAAGGCCACCACAGAGGAGUGCAUCGGGCCUAAGAAGAAACAUUUGGAUUAUUUAGUACACUGCACAAACGAACCGAAUGUCUCCAUACCACAUUUGGCCAAUUUACUUAUCGAACGCUCACAGAAUACCAAUUGGGUGGUGGUCUAUAAAGCGCUGAUAACCACUCAUCACUUGAUGGCAUAUGGCAAUGAGCGAUUCAUGCAGUAUUUAGCAUCCAGUAAUUCAACAUUUAAUCUCAGCAAUUUUCUGGACAAAGGCGGCGUACAAGAUGGCUUAUCGGCACCGGGUGGCAGAAUGGGCUACGAUAUGUCGCCGUUCAUACGACGCUAUGCCAAAUACUUGAAUGAAAAGUCGCUCUCAUAUCGUGCAAUGGCUUUUGAUUUUUGCAAAGUAAAACGCGGCAAGGAGGAAGGCUCUCUACGCACCAUGAAUGCCGACAAGCUGCUAAAGACAUUACCUGUACUGCAAGGACAGUUGGAUGGCCUACUGGAAUUCGAUUGCCAGGCCAAUGACUUAUCUAAUGGUGUCAUCAACAUGAGUUUCAUGCUGCUCUUCCGCGAUCUGAUACGGUUGUUUGCGUGCUAUAAUGAUGGCAUUAUUAAUUUGCUCGAGAAGUAUUUCGAUAUGAAUAAGAAACACGCACGCGAUGCUUUGGAUUUGUACAAAAAGUUUUUGGUGCGCAUGGAUCGCGUUGGUGAAUUUUUGAAAGUCGCUGAGAAUGUUGGCAUUGACAAAGGUGAUAUUCCCGAUUUGACAAAGGCUCCGAGCUCUCUGUUGGAUGCCUUGGAACAACAUUUAGCCACUUUGGAGGGACGCAAGGUUUCUGCUGCUAAUACACCAACUCAAACGGCAAGCAAUCAAAAGAAUGUAAAAUCCGCUGUCACUGCCUUAUCUUCCACCAGCUCAUCAUUCGGCACAGCUGCCGCAUCCAGCAAAUUCGACACAACCAAUGGCAUCGAUGAGCAAUUGAAGGCGCAGGUAUUGGCCGAAGAGGAGGCGGCUAUGAAUCAGUACAAACAAUCGAAGGUCUCUUCACCCACUGCAGGCGGUGGUGGCGCCGGUGCUGGUGCUGCAUUAACAAAUCCAUUCUUAUCGUCACCGCCAGCCAGUGGCGCUGGUGCACCGAUAGUCGAUCUGUUUGGUGCAGCUCCGGCAACGGCUGCCGGUACGGCUGCUGCCACCGCAAGUGGUGGUGCUGCAGGCGGCACCACCACCAAAGCAUCCGAUGACUUACUACAACUGGGCAAUCCAUUUGCUGAUAUGUUCGAUGCGCCCGUAGGCGGCGUGGGCGCUGGUGGCGGCGCAGCAGCGGCAACAGGUGGUGCACAAAAUGCCAAUAAUAUUUGGAUGCAUAAUAAUGGUUUUAAUGGUGCUGCAGCGCCUUCAGCGGCUGCAAAUGCUUUCGUCUCGGACAGCAAUUUCUCGUCCGUUUUUGGUAAUACUGAACCAACGGCCUCAUCCGCCGCCGCCGCCGCAGCCUUACCAAAUCCGUUCUUCGACACCAUGGAUGCGCCGUUAUUUGGCGCAUCCCCACAAUCGCAACUUCAACAACAGUCGGCAUUCUCCACCACAUCAGCUCUCGGCGAUACCGCUUAUAUGCCCCAGGGAGCGCCAGCCUCGCAACAGUUCUUUAUGAAUACAACAGCCGCGGUGGCGCCGGCGCCACAACAAUUCCCUCCAGGCUUUGAUGCUCUGGGUGAUGUACUCAAGCCAGGCAUCACAUCCACACAUCCAGCCGCAGCCAAUCAAACGAAUAUUGUCACUGCAGGUGCUCUGGGUCUGGCCGGCAGUCAGCAACAGCAAUUACUCAACCAACAGCAGCAACAACAACUCCAACAACAACAGCAAACACAACCUGCUAGUACUGGCAAAAUACUCACCGGCGAUUUGGAUAGCUCACUUAUGUCACUUGUAGAUAAUCUGAAUAUAAAUAAAUCGAGCAGUGCAAAACCCGUGCAAUGGAACUCGCCGAAAAAUACAGCGAAACCCGGUGCUAAUUGGACACCUCAACCAAUGGCGGCUACAACUGGUGCUGGCUAUCGUCCAAUGGCACAUGGCAUGACAGUAAGUCCUGCGCCAAUCACAAUCCAAAACCAUCCGUAUAUACACGCUAGUUAUCCUGUUAUACCAAAUUAUAUGCAGCAGGGAAUGCCGGUGAUGGGACAACCUAUGAUGGGUCAAGCCCCUUUGACUGGCGUACAACCGACGAUGGCGCCAAUGAUGGCGGCGGCGCCGCAAGCGCUUCACAGUAGUGCGAUAACAAUGCAACCGCAAUCACUCCAGCAACAGCCCAACGGUGGCAAUAAGGCGGCGCCACUCGAUCCAUUCGGUGUGUUAUAAGAUGGCUGGCGUGGUUAGCAGCCAUGAGCAACAACUACAACAAUAACAACAACAUUAUCAUAAUAACCCAAACCAAUAAGCAGCAGUAAAGCGCCACUGCUGCUGUAGCGGAGUAAAACGUCAUCAAACUACAGCAUAACAGCAUAACCAAUCAACUAGUUGGACGAUGGGGGGAAAUACAAAAACAAAAAAAUGCAGAGGAGAAAAAACAGCAAAAUGUUUGGCUGAAUGGGCGGGGCUGAUAGGGGGUGGAUGUGUCAGAUUUGCCGCUGUUUUCCUUUGUGGGGGCGCGGAUGCGUACGCUAAGCGUGUAGUGCAAGUUGUGAAUGAGAAAUUCAAAAAACAAGAAUUAUAAAAAUCAGUUUCAAAUUAUAAAUAAAUUAAUUAAAUACAAUUAAAAUAACAUUAUGAUUAUAUUACAUUAUAUAUAUUAUAUGCAUAAAAAAAAUCAAGAAAAAAUGCAAAAGUAAAAGAAAAGAAAAUAAAUGCAAUGAAGACGCGUUGAAGUUAGAAAAUAAACCAAGAGAGUAAAUUAUAUAAAAAUGAUUAUUGUAUUGUACUAUUUCUUAUAAUUAUAAUUAUUGUAUUGUAUUGUAUAACUGCAAAUACCAUUACCGAUCACAAAAAACGAUUUUUGAAAUGAAUAAAAAAAUAGCAAAAAUGAAGGAAUUACAGAAAAAAAAACAAAAACACAUAAAUUACACGCCACAUACUUACUAUUAUUAUAAAUAAAAGAGAUAUUAUAUAAAUAAAACAGACACAUAUGCACACACGUGCAUGUACAUGAAUAAUGCAGAAAAUUCUAUAUAUUAGUGAUGUAAGUGAUACACAAAACAGGCAUGAACAUGGAAAAUAAUAAAAUAAGGCCAACAGAAAAAUAUACGAGUAAAAAAUAGCAUGGAAUGUAGAAAGAAAAAUUAUGAAAAUUGAAAAAGAAGCUGAAAAUGCUAGACAACCGGUUCGUGGUAGUGUGUGUAAUAUAAGCAAAUGUUCGCGUCAAAUAUAUGUUUGUAAAACAGUUGAUAUGCAAAAUUAUAUAAAAAGCAAAAAAAUUAUGUAAAAAACAGCAGAAAAUAUAUAUAAAAAACAGAUGAAAACCACAAAACAAAGCAAAUAAUUAUAUGAAAAUGUUGAAAAUAUGCAGAUUAUAUUUAAUAUAUAAAUAUAUGUAUGUGAAAAUAUAUAUAUGUACAUAUAUAUAUAUUUAUAAAGCGAAACACAAGACAAAGAGCGAGCGGAAGAGGCAGAGAAAGUUGACGUUGCCGUUGCCGUUGAAAUUGAAGCUAAGGAGUAUAAAAAUACUUAUUACUGUUGCAAGGCGAAAGCUAAUACGCUUACAAGCGUACAUGAAAAUCUUUGUUCAAGCUUUUGAGUGCAAAAGAAAAACUGUCACCGCAUUUUAGAUAUAGACAGCCAUACUUUAUAUUUGUGCUACACUGCAUUUUUAGAGAAACAGCAAAUUAUGGGAAAGAGACGAUAUUUUUUACUGUGUUCAAAAGUAAUUUCUAUGCUUAACCCUUUGGGUACACAAUGCAAUUAACCCUUUUGCAACACCGCUCGAAAAGCGCGACGUACUCAAAAUACCUUGCGGCGACAAGACUUUUACUGUUUGUUCUAAUGGAAAAUAAUGUUACGGGAUUACCAAAAUUAUUUAUUUUCCUCAAGGUUAGGUUAGCCUGGUUGACAACAAGCCACGCAUAGACCUUUUGGUCUCUAGCGAUACCAGAUGGAGACCUCAAACUUUAACAAAAAAAUAAUUUAUUGCGGAUUACUUCGUUUUUCGUGAUAAAAGAGAGCUUUGGCUCGCGGAUUAUUUCAUUCCUGGUGGUAAGCGAUGCCUUUGGUAGCGCGCGGAUUAUUCCGUUGAAUAAUGAAAAGGGUUAACAGAGGUGUGUUUUAUGCCAGAAUUUAUUUAUUUGUAUUCAUGAUAUCCCUGCGCUCCUAGAUUAUGUUAAGGUAACUUUAGGCAAUUCAUAUUCCAAAAAAAAAAAAGUCCAAUUUAUAACAAAAGGCAAAUUAUUUAUAAUUUUGUAGCGUGUAAUAUUUUUUACAAAAUUUUUCACCAAAAAGUUCUUCAACACAUCGAUCAAAAUCACUACUUUCUUCGAGACUGUCGCUAUCUUACUUACUUACUUUGCUGGCAGCUAUAUACAACCGAUGUCGUCGGUCUUGGCCGCUACCAAAAUGUUGCGUCAAUCGGUUCUGCAUUGCGUGCCUUGACGCCAGUUAGAAAUACCAAGGACGAUUUCCUGGGCCUACCGUUAGACGAGCUAGACGAAGUCGUCGGUGAAUAACACUACACUGACAGGGUUAAGUAUACUGCUACAACAACAACAACCAAGAGCAGUCUGGCCUUCGUCGACUUGGUCUUCGCAACGAAGAAGAGGACGACCUGUUUUGCGAACAUUUCGAAAAGAGCACUUCUUUUGGUAGAAGAUUCCAUUCCAGAUUCCAUUCGCUCAACGUAACAGCCGCUAAAUUUUAAUGCGCUUCACUGCGUUGAUGUCGGCGUACAGUUCGUACAGCUUGGGACUCCAUUUUAUUGAUAAUUGAACUCUUACUUAUUGCAAAGAAUUUUUCGCUCGAAAACUCCUAUCGAUGUUCGUCAAUGUCCAGAAUUCGGUGUCAUACAGUAAGACUGGGGAGAUGGGGGUGAUUGAUAGAUCGUUUUUUUUCGUCGCUUUCAUUUUGGUAAAAUGUACCCUCUAUUUCUGCCAUUAUGGUGCUGUCGAUCCCAAAUAAGGUUCAACACAAUACUGAAAUUAUUUGUUCUGUUGCAAUUGAUUCAUUUUACUCGCAAAUAAACAAGAAUGAGCAAGUCAAACAUUGCCUCCAUUUCAAUGACGUAUCAGAACGUUGAAUUUGCGAAUUUGUCCAAAUGCACCCAAAGGGUUAAGCGAGCAAAAAGUUUGCGUUUGUAAGAGCAAAUGAAGUACAUAAUUUUAUAUGCAUAGAUACAUACAUACAUUAUAAACUUACAAGUGUCUACAGACCAUCAGCUGACCAACAGUGGUGGAGUAUUUUGUCCUCAUUUCCACCAUUGCAAGGAUAAUAUGAAAAAUGUGACGUAUUUUUUAUAUACUUGGCAUUUUUUCGCUCUUCCAACAUAGGAAUGAAUUUUAACAUGUGAAAUGUACAGCUUAAUAAAGUAAAUUAUUCAGCUCGAUCAUAGAAUCCAUCGCAGAAAAACCUUCGGAAUACGAAUGUCUACUACGAAUAUGAAAAAAUUGUAAUCGUGGGUUUCAUGUGAACUCGAAAAAAGUGCUCCCAAACUGAAAUGUAAAAUUUUGAUAUUUCCACAGCAGCUGGUUCAAUGUAAACAAGAAAAUUGAGCAAAGAACCUUUAAGUUUUUUAUCAAUUCCAUUGAAUUUCCAGAUUAAAAUGUAUUUGUUGAUAUGUGCGAUUAUUUAAAUAGAGGAGAAAAGUGAGAGAAGCAAACGGAAUCUCAGUAUUCAGCGAAAAAUAUUGAGAGAUGCAAGCCACACUCUCUAAAGCAGUGAGUUAGUGAUUCAGUAAAAACAGUCAGUGAUUCCCCCGACAGUCGUUGCCCCGACAAUCGGUUCUACGUUACCGAUAUGAAAAAGAAAUCCAUGAUUUAGGGGAGUCCAUUAGAAAAUACACCGAGAAAAUAAUGGAUUUUUUUCCCCCAAACUAAUAUUUGAAAGCACGCAAAUGGAAGGUUCUGCUUCAUCCACUGUAUUGAGCAGGUAUUACACCUUUCUAUUACAGGUUGUUUCGCCACGUCCAGAAAGCUUUGGUUGGCCAUCCUUCCAUUCAAACUCAAUAUAUUCAAAUGGAAAGUUCGCUCAAUUCGUGAAGUACCUCAAAACAAAAAAAAAUCUUUUUUCUUGCGAAGAAGACGUCUCAUAAUUAGCGACGGACAAUGUCUAGAAUGAAAGAAUUCUACAAACAGUUCUUAAGUUGAGCUCAGAAUAGUUAAUACUGGAAACAGUCACCGUGUGACAGCGCAGCCCCCUGUCAGCUGUUACGAUCAAACUAAUGAGAACCCCAUGUAAAUGAAAAAUUACUUCCUUGCGUAUCGUAGAAUCGUAGAUUUGAUUGCAGGAGUUUUGAAAAUUCCCGUAGAACCCUGUCAGCUGAUUGCUCUCUCACCACACAGUGUUGCCAAGCAGUACAUUUCGAAAUCAUUUAUUUUAAAAUAACUUAACUCAUUUUUUAUUAAAAUAACUUAAAAACACUGUUGAAUAAUGUUAAUUAUAGAUAAAUGAACUAUUUGCAUGUGCUGGUUUUGGGCUUUGGUUUAUUAAACAAUGAAAAAUUGUAACUGAUAACGCGGAUGUGUGAAAAAGUGUGUCAGCAAAAGUAUCAAUGGUAACAUUGUGUAGAUACAACCAAACACAUACACACACAAACCGAUGUCUUGUGUAAAUAUAUAACUAAAAGAACGCAGUUGUUCUCUACGGGAUGAGUUUUGCUCAGUUUUGUGCUCGUUAGGGGCUGCGGUAAGGGACUACGAUACGUCGGUCACUGUUUUCAGCAUAACAAAGUAAAGUUUGAAGUAUUUUUUUGAAUAAAAUAUUGCAUUAAAAUUCCGAAAUUCAGUGCUCGAUAGGUAAAAUCUGAUCUGCGGACUCAUUACACUCGUUUUUUUCUCUUGGUAUCUGUACCAUUUUUGUAAAACACUUUUCUACUAAUACUUAAAAAUUGUUGAAAAAAUUUGGUUGUAAAAACUUUGUACAGGGUGAACGAUAUGAAGUGUUACCUAUUCAAAACAACAUAACUUUUUUGUGUGAAAUUAGUUUUUAUUGAUUUCAAAGACAACAUUUUUCAAAAAGAUUACAAUUUUAACAUGCAUUCACUUUAUCUCGAUAUGACCACCUUUUGCCUUGACUAUAGCCUUCAAACGGUCAAAAAAUGAGUUACAUGCUGCACGAAUGUGAUCUGGAGGUAUUUUAGCCCAUUCUCGUAUAAUCGCUUUUUUCAGCGCAUCCAUACUGGCAUAUUUUUUAGUCCUCACCUUGCUCUCCAAAAUGGACCAGAUGUAAUAGUCCAUCGGAUUUGCGUCUGGCGAAUUCGAAAGCCAUUGUGUGGACGAAAUGAAGGGUGGAACAUGAUUUUUUAACCAUUCUUGGUUCACACGAGCUUUAUGAAACGGUGCCGAACGUCCAUGGCCUACGACCGAAAUGUUUGCGUGCCCACGGCUCUAAAGCGGCUUCUAAAACAUUUUCCCGAUAAUAAGUCGCAUUCACUUCGACACCAGGCUCGAUAAAAACGAUUGGAGAGCUCCCAUCAGCGGUCAUUGCGGCCCAAACCAUUACUUGCGAUGGGAAAUUGCUUCGCGUGACCAUACGUAGGCUCAAAUUCUCGUAGGAGCGUUCGGUCAAGUAAACACGAUCGUUUUGAGUGUUUAUGAACUACUCAAUUGGGAAAUUUUUUUCAUCAGAAAACACAAUGUUGGGAAGUUCGCCACGUUCGUGCAAGCGCAACAACUCCUUUGCUCUUUCGCACCGAACUUUUUUUGCUGGGGUGAAAGAUCGAGUGCUUUUUGGAACUUGUAAGUCUUGACCUUGAGCUCAUUUUUCAAUAUGCGUCGAAUGCUGUCUUGCGAUAUUUUCAGUUAUUUGGCCAUUUUUCUUACACAUCGACGUGGAUUUCGUACAAGUCGAGCCUUCACUUUCCGAAUCAUCUCUGGCGUUGUUGCGGUUUGUUUUGGUCCACCUCCAUAGCGUUUUGCAAUGCCACCAGUAUCAUUGUAACGUUUUAUAGUGCGAUACACAUUUUAUUCACUUUGAGGUGACUGAGCUCUCGAACAAUGGCUGGUUGUGAUUUUCCAGCCAAAUAUAACGCAAUCACACUAUUACAUUUGAAUUCCAUCACAGAAAAAAAAAAAUUCAACAAAACAGAGACGCAAAUGCUUUUGAUGGCUUAUAAACAAUAUAUUGAACUGUCAUUAGAACAAUUUUGACGUUGAUGUCAUGAGCUGUUUUACAGAUACAAGCAGUGUGAAGUUGGUAACACUUCAUAUCGUUCACCCUGUAUACUCCGUUUUUGGAAUUGUCGUAUACGUUAAAAAAUGUCAAUAAAUCAGAGACGUCUGCCUAGUAAAAUGCAGCGUGAAUAAUAUAUGUAUGUAUGUAUGCAUGCUUACCUAUAUCCAAAACCCACAAUAAGCUGUCAUUUUCCUUUCUUUACUUAGGAUGGAGGAGUGGUAUCACAAAUGACGAAAUCAUGGAAAAAACAAUAAUGCUAAUACAAUCGCUUUCUUAUGCACAUACGCGUAAAUACAUAUGUAAACAUUUAAGGAUACUUGUAUGUGCACUCUAAUACUAAGAAAAAAAUGAAUGCCAAUUAUAAUUGUAAAUGCUCUGAAACUGAAUUCCUGGCGUACUUUGUUGCAAUUUGCGAUACGAUUUCUUUUAUUUAUUUUUUAAUUUUUUUUUAUAUUUUUCUAAUAUUUUUAAAAUUUUUUUUUAAUAUCUAUUUUAAUAUUUUCACAUUUUAUUUAUUUUCUUACUAUGAAAAUGACAACUUUUGAUAAUUUUUUUGAAGUGUUCAUCAAUUCUACUUUUGUAAACGUGAGUUUGCUGCAUGAUUCAAUUAUUAAAGGUUUGCUCACUUGUGACAUUAGAAUUCUGACACUCCCUUAAAUGCGACCUUUUGUAAGGCUCACAUCGCAGCCUAUAUUUGGCAGCCAUCGGCCUCAGAUUGUCAAAAUGUCCAUCUUUCACGCGCAUUGCCCCCUCUAUGAUAACCUGAUUUAAGCGGUAUAUCCGGAUGUACUCCAUAUCGUGGUCCAUAUUGGUCCUGGAUGUACCUAGCAAGUUCUUGCUCAUAAGCACAUCCUUCUGAAAGUGAAAUGUUUUUCCUACAUAUUUUACUUUUCCUCCACUUUUACUCUAAAUUUCUAGAGUUAGCAACCCUGUGUCUUGCUAAGGGCGCCGCUUUGUCAAGAGGAAACGAGAAAGCUGCUUACUGAGCAAACCUUUUAUUAUUGAAUCAUGAGUUUUAUGGGCUUACUUUGCAUAGACCGUUACUCAGCGAUGGAUUGAGGCAACAUUAUUUGAUACGGAUAGUGGAGUAGAGUAUCACAAUUAUUCUGUAUGAUGACUUGGUUCAAUUUAUGUACACAGUCUUGGCCAAAAGUAUUAGGCACCCCAUUAAUUACUGAUUUUUUCGUUUUAAAAAGUGAAGUAAUGAUCUUUUAUUAAUAAAUCAGUACAAGUAAAAGAAAUUAGUGAUAAAAAAUAAUUAUAAAAAAAAUACCGAGAAUUGUUCGAUAAAACGCAAAAUAAUUGUUUAAUCAUCAAAAUUUAUUUUGUGGCCUUCAAAAGAGGCUCCAUUCGAAGCAAUGCACAAAUGCCAACGAUUAGGCCAGUCAUCAGAGCACCUUUUAAACGCGUUUGAAGAGAUGUUCUUCAGCUCCGUUUAGCGAAUUCUCCUUAAUGGCCUCUAUCGACUCAACGCGGAGUCCGCAAAGUGGCAAUUUAAGUUUUGGGAAAAGGAAAAAGUUACAGGGAGCUAAAUCCGGUGAAUACGGUGGUUUAGGGUCAAAAAGUGUUCACAAUAUGAACCUUGAGAGACGGUGCGUUGUCAUGGCGCAAGGUCCAUGAGUUUUAUACCCACAAAUUGAGCUGCUUCCUACGCACAUUCUCUCUCAAACGUCGCAUAACUUCCAAAUAAUAUUCUUUAUUUACCGUAGCACCAUUUGGAAUGAAUUCCGAGUGCACGACACCAUGAUAAUCAAAGAAAACGAGUAGCAUGACUUUCACUUUUGACCGACUUCGAUGUGGCCUUUUGUGUUUCGGCUCAUGUGGAUAGCGCCAUUCAGCCGCCUGUUGACUGGUUUGCAUGUCAAACUCAUAUACCCACGUCUCAUCUCCUGUUAUGAUGCGCUGGAUAAAUGUUGGGUCCGCAUUCACUUGCUCAAGCAUGCUUUCAGCCACCUUCUUCCGAUGAACUUUUUGAAAGAAAUUCAACUCUCUUGGAACGAGUCGAGCAGCCACGCGUCUCAUGCCCAAUUGGCGGUGUAAAAUGUUGCGAAUUUAUUCGUGAGACACGCUAAGGUCACGAGCUACCUCCCUCAAACUUAAAUGAUGAUUUUCCAGCACCAUUUUCUUGUCUUUGUUGACGUAUUCAUCCGUUGAAGACUUUGAUGGGCGACCAGAUCGGGGUAAAUCUUCCACGACUUCUCGGCCCUCUGCAAAAGCCUUAUACCACUUUCUGCAACAUUUCCAACAAUUCGGCACACGAAAUCCCGUUCAAAACACAAAAUUUAGGACAAAUUCUUCGUUUGAUAUUUCAUCCAUAGUUGAUUGAUAUAAUUAAAUGCCAAAAACAAAUUAAUUAACAGAUCUCGCUCAAACUCUGCGACACUGUAGAGGCCCGUUGUAUCAACAUUCCAGCAAAAAAAAAAUGAAUAAUUCCCGAUAUUUAGUCGACAGAAUGUAAAUAAAUAAUUUAAUAAUAUUUGGUAGGUUCAGCCUUUGCUUUGAUAACAGCAGCACUCCUCUGGGGCAUGCGGGGUACAAGCUUUGCAUGUUCGGCUUUACUUGUGGCGCUCCACUCAUGAAUUAAGGCAUUUUUCAGCGCUGUUUACGUUGUUAUGGUGUGUUCCUUUAUUUUAGGUUUUAAAAUAGCCCACAAGAUCUGGAGACUGUGCUGGCCUAUCUAACAAAAUAAAGUUAUUGCCUUCAAACCCACGCAACGUAGUCGCUGAUUUGUGUCGACCAACAUUGUCUUGUCUUAGGAGGGAAGUGCGUUCCAGUGAUGGAAAAUAACCUUUUUGAAAAUCAUUCGACUUUCUCGAUUCAAACAAAUGCCAAAUACAAAGAAAUAUGCCGACCUGUCUGAAACUUGUUGUGUGUUUUUCCAAGAGAAGCUAUUAACUAAUCAUAACCUCGAUAUGUGCUAGUAGUGCUAUCUCUCUCUGACUUUUCACGGACUUUGAAAUGAUCCUCUUAAGGGGGGACACCGGUUUAGGAGGCCGCAAUUUUUGUGUUUUUCGUGAAUUUUUUUAACAAGGAAGGAAUAAUCAGAAAUUGUUCAAACUUAGAGGGUAUUUUAUUCAUAUUUUUAAGUACACUUUCAAAUUUUUUCAAGCUAUUUGCCGGAAAUAGUGGCGUUAGGGCGUGCUGUUCAUGGACGAUCGCCAUGCGAGUAUCUGGCUGGUGGGCAUUCCUGAAGUUGUAAUUUUUCUCAGUAAUCAACAACAAUUUUUUUUUCAUUCACAACAUGUUUCCUAAGAAUAUGAACCUAAUUUUGAUAAAAUAAUAUUGAAAAUUGCAUGUUUUUGAGGCGCUUGAACACAAUGCCAUUUUUUCAUCUAUUUUGCUUAAAGAAAAUAUUUUUAAUGAUAAUAUAAUCCAAGAAUUAGGUUCAUAUAAAUUAGAAUUGAAUAAAGAAUACUCCCCAAAAAUUUCAUAACGAUUGGUCUAUAACUUUUUGAGCUAGAGUGCCCACCAGUUGAAAAAAGUUGUUUCGAGAAAAACCCCGUUCUAACUACCGCGCGCUGCGGUGCCGAACCGACGGGCGGUCACUUAAGUGCUCAUAGAAUCGGGAAUAAGGCGAAUUUCCUUUUAAAAGUUUUACCACAUAUUCUUGAGUAGUUAUACUAACAUUUUAUGCAAUAAAAAAAUUUCGAUUUUUUGAUCAGUCUAAACUGGUUUCCCCUCUUAACUCUUUUCUUCUAUUGAAGAGUGCUUCAUGAGUGCUUGGUUGAGUUCUCCUCCAAUUUUUGGUGCGUAGCCUAGUGUUGUUUUAGAAAUGGACGAGCCUACAGUUUUAUGCCGCCUCCGCAGGGCACUUGGUGUUUUAGGAGACGCUUAUUCAUGACAUUCAGAGUUUACAUUUUGAUAAUUCAAUAUUAGUUCUUACGGAAAAAAUUCCCCAAACCUAAUUGAGUUUGCUGCGCAAGUAACCUUCAGCUGCUUUCAGAUCAUUUCAUCCGGCGCCUAAGCUUUAACAAUUUUCGCAAAUGUGGCUCAGAAAAUAAGUUUUGGACUCGUUAAUUCGCAGCAGUUUAGUGUUUUGUGCGUUAGAAGGUUAAAUUGCAUUUUUUUGUUUCCGUUAUUUGCACAAAUCAGUUUUCCAAUAUAUUUCGCGAACACUGUUUUACAGCCGUUCACGUAUUAAAUUUUAUUGCAGUCACAAUUUUACGCUUUUUGAUGCUAAUGUGACGUUGCAUGUACGAACGUCUUUUAAAAUUGUGCCAAUACCGCAAGCAUGAAAAUGCUUUGUUUUUUAAUGUUUUUUAUACAUUUUUUUUUUGUUUUUUUUUUUUUAAUUUAUUUUUUAAUGUAGUAAAAAUUUAUAUUUUUUAAAUGUGACUUCUCCGCUGUAAAAUAAUAUAUCUCGAUUAUGGAGAACCAACUUAUUUGGCGUCAGCAGUUAAAAAAAAUAUUAGAUUUUAUUAAAUUUUUAUUGAGUUGGUUUUUAGGCUUUUCCACACAUGAAUGUUCAGUAAUUUAGUAAUUUAAAUAUUGCAUUAGAAUUCAAAAACGUAGUGCUUGACAGGUAGAAAGUGCUAUGUUGACUUAAGUUGUUUUGUCAAAAGUCCAUAAAUGUGUAUGUAGGUAUUACUUUAUGUUCUCAAAAUAUAAUAUUAAGCAUUCCAAAUUUAAAAAUUAAUAUGUAUUUAUUUUUCACCAUUGUGUCUGAAACGAUAACGUUUUAAAUAUUUUCGAAAUUUUUAAUUCUUUUUUUUUUAUCAUAAAAUAUUGAAAAAAAAAACGUGCAGUCUGCGUCAAAAAAAAGUGUACACCACAUAUCGUUAGGUUUUGAUUAUUUACUUAUUUAUUUUUAAAUUUUAAAUAUGUUUUUAUAAAAAUACAGUUCAUACUGCAAUAUGAAGCAAAAUUUUGAACUUUGUGUAAAAUUUGUAAAAAUUCGGGAAAAUUUCACUAAAAUUUUAAAAUUUUUACUUAGAAUUUUAAGAAAAAGUUCCGGUAUGCAGUUUUAUAGAUCAUUGAAUUUUGGUAUCAUAAAGUGCAAGUCUUAAGUAGAUUAAAUAUCUCACUGAUUUUUGAGAAUUUUUUUACGGUGACGGUAUGGAAACAAACACCCAACACCGUCAGCAGAAAAAAAUUUCAAAAAUCAAAGCGAUUUUUGAACCACUUGAGACUUGCACUUUAUUGCCAAAAAAUUUAAUGAUCUAUAAAACUGCAUACCGGAAAUUUUUCUAAAAGUUCUCAGUUUGACAUUUGGAUAAAAUUUUGCCGAAAUUUUACAAAUUUUAUACAAAGGCCGAAACUUUGCUUCAUAUCGUAGUAGUUGUGUAUAGUAUGAGCUGUAUUUUUAUAAAAAAAGUAAAGUAGCUUUCCGAGCAGGCAAGAUUGGAAAGAGGGGAGAGUCGGUACGAAUAUGGAUACCUCUGUUUUCACUGACGGAUCCAAAAUGGAGUCUGGAGUGGGAGCGGGGUUUACUCUAAAUCAGCCAGCAUUUCGGUCUCCUUCAAACUGCCGGAAACAAGCAGCGUUUUUCAAGCAGAGGUCUUCGCGAUCCUGCAGGCAUGCAAAAUGCUUCGGGAUCGCUGUUAGGAGGGAGAUAUUAAUAUUUUUUCAGAUAAUCAAGCUGCGAUCAAGGCCCUGUCGUCGCCGUAUUGCAGCUCUCUUCUGGUGAACUCCUGUAAGGAGGAACUCAAACGUCUCGAACGUGCAGGAAACAUUUCCCUAAUCUGGGUUCCUGUGCACAAGAAUAUAGAGGGAAAUGAAAUUGCCGAUGAGCUUGCCAGGAAGGGGUCGGCAGAACGGGUUACAGUUGUCACCGUCUCUUUGUCCGUCGUUAAAGGGAAACUACAAAAUUUCUUUCUAAGAAAAGCGCAAGACAGUUGGAGGUCUGUCUCAUUGUGUGCUAUUUCGAAAACACUAUGGCCUCAAUACGAUAGAAACAGAACGCUUAAGGCGAUGGGAAUCCCCCGCCAUUCAAUUUCCAAACUCAUUGCGGUGUUCACUGUUUACUGGGUGAUCGGUACUGAUGCGGAGAAGCUUGGACUUCCGUACAGCCCCUAUUGCAGUAGCUGUGGGGAUCCUGCAGAGAAAGAGACUGUAAGUACUUUCUCUGCAAAUGCCCGGCUCUGCCGACUAGGCGCUUGAGAUUCCUUAGCGUGCCCUUUGGGGAUGGUUGAAAGAAAUUAUCCAGCCUAGAUCCCUUUUCUCUCCUCCACUACAUCAACAGCACCGGAUGGUUGUAGAUGGUUUUCUCUUUCCUAAUUUUUUUUUCGCAGGUAGUGGUCCACAUUAUGGUAUCAAAACGGCAUAUAAGUGCUACUUGAAGUGUACCUGAGGUACUCUUGCCAUCUUACCUACCUACCUACCUACCUAUCUAAAGUAAAUGAAAUUACAAAAUAAAUAAAUAAAUAUUCAAAACGUAUCAAUAUCUGGUUUAUAUUUGAUUUUAACGCUGCCAGUAUGUUUUUCCUACAUUUUUUAUUGCUAUUUGUCACUGAUGUGGAAUUUCUCUUUUUGCGAAUUUAUUUGGUCUUAUUUUUCGUAUAAUUUGACUAUAAUUCACAUCUUUGCGAAUUAUAAAAUUAUUAUUUAUAUAUUUUUAUUUUUCAAUUUUUAUAUUUUCAUAUUUUUUAAAUUUUUGUUUUCCAAAAUUUUUUUUAUACAAUUUUGACUUCCACAGGCGUUUAAGGUUUUUCGCGAUCCCUUUUUUAAUUUAUAAAAUCUUUGUUAUUUAUUUUUAUCCAGCUUUUCUGUGUGUUCCUUUUUAUAUAGUUUCAACAAUAACAUAUUUUUUUUUCAAAAUUUUUUUUUUUAACUUUUCAAAAUUAAAUUUGGUUGACUCGAAAAGUCGUUUUUAAAAACUUGUAUUUGUAAUCAAAUAAUUUUGUAUCUGUUUAAAUUAAAUUAUUUUCUCCUAUUUACACCACACAGAACGCCCAACUCAUAAUCGCAUACAUAUAAAAUAUUAUUAUUUAUAGUUUAUAUAUAAUGUUCGAUGAUAUAUACACACACAUAUACAAUUAUGUUAAAUAUUAUGUACCCAUAGGUAUCUGCUUAUGUCUUCAUCUGCCUAAAACUACAAAAUUUGUUUGUAAAUACAGCUGAAAAAAAAAACGCUAAAAUUAAAUAGAAGAAAAUGGCAGAA